CGCCAAAUAAAUGCUCAAAUGGCUUUGCGGCUGUUCGGCGUUGACUUUUGUCAUUCACGCUUGUUCUCCCUGUCAUCCUUCCAGCUGACAGUGGACGGCUUCGCCAUCGACAAAAUGGCCACAGAAGUCAAGAGUUUCUUCGAGAGUCACCCGACGCCGGCGGUGGAGCGCACGGUGCUGCAGUGCUGCGAGAACAUCCUGCUCAACGCCGCCUGGCUCAAGCGCGACGCCGACGACAUCCACCAGUAUCUGAUGCAGCGCAAGGCGCCCCCCAUUUGAGCGUG